AUGGACAGGACCUGCUUGGUUUUUCAUCUUGUGGUAAUAUUAUGUCUCCUUAGGACUUCCAUAGCACGAACCAAGACCAUCACAACUGACCAAUCUGCACUUCGUGCCUUAAAAUCCCAUGUUACAUUUGAUCCAUCAGAUGUGUUGUCAAGAAGCUGGAUAUACCAAAUCCCAGUGUGCAACUGGACUGGAGUGAAAUGCUCGUCUCUCCACCAAAGAGUAGUGGCCCUGAACAUUUCUCAUCUAGGCCUUCAAGGUAACAUUCCUCCACAAGUCGCAAACCUCUCUUUUCUCAAUUCAAUCGACAUCAGUGGCAAUGAUUUCCAAGGCAACUUGCCUGAGGAGCUGGUACAUCUGCAGAGACUCAGUUAUAUCAAUUUCAGCUUCAACAAGUUCAGUGGAGGGGUUCCUUCAUGGCUUGGUUUUCUGCCUAAUCUUCAAUACUUAUAUUUGGCAAAUAACAGUUUCACAGGUAUUCUUCCAAGUUCCCUGUUCAACGCUUCCAAAUUGGAGGACAUGAGAAUUCCUUACAGUCAAUUGGAAGGUAUUAUAGCUGAAGAAAUUGGUAAUCUUGGCAAUUUGAAGAUCUUAGAUUUGCAAGAUAACGAGCUUAUGGGUCUAUACCGCGGACCCUUUUCAAUAUUUCGUCGUUGCAAGUAA